AUGCCGUCAAUCACUACGGGAAACUCUCGCGUGAUAAGAGCCCUUUGGGCAAUUUAUGCAAUAUUGCUGUAUAUCAUUGAAGGUAUCGAUACAUUGCGUUGCAAUUUUGACCAUCCACAUGGACUACUCAGCAGCAAUGCGCUCGCCAUGUGCGACAUAGAUAUCGGGUAUAUUGGGUCCACAACCGUCGUUUGCCCACGCCGGGUCAACGACACUGAUUAUGCCUGGCAUCCUCGCCCGGCUUCGGAUGAGCGCGGUAAAAACAACACCUAUAUCAGUGAAAAUGGCGAGUUCCGUCCCAUUGCUAUUUCGGAUAUCGUGCACUCUGAAACCAAUAAUCCACUCAUCUGGUUCAAAUCCAACGCUUCACAAACUGAGCUGCAAUUUACCAAACCAACUAAUGAUUUGUUUUCAAUCACCGAACGCCGUCUGAUAUUCAUCUGUGGUCCUAGAGAUUUGGUUCUUAAUGAUACCUUGCAGAGUCACCUUGACAGUCUCAGUGGUUUUGGUCAAAUGCAAGCACUUCCUUGGACAUCUAAUACACCUUUGGCUCAUGAAAUGUCGAAGAUAGGGCAUGGAAUUGGGAUCUUUUUCUUAUACAGCGGAAGCACGCAUCUACCACUUCAAGGCUGCGGUAGUCGCCCCUCAACGCUUUUUGCACCGGACAACGUGGUCACUGUACACCCUGUAACCGGGGUCCGUUCAUGUGUGGCGGAUCCAAUGUCGAAGUCGCGUAUCGGAUUUCUUUGCGAAGGUCGCCUUGAACCUGAGGAUUGUAUGAAAUCGUUAUUGGAAAAGGACGGUGACGUUAUCACCGCUCCUCGACCAUAUUCAUAUCUGAACUUCAGCAGCCAUAGACCUUGGGUGGUAGCACGGUAUUUUAAUGACUUGGCACUGCCGCCAUUCAACGGCGAAUGUAGAUGUAUAGAUUCCAAAAAGGGUGACGUAAAGGCCAGGAUAGAGAUCCGUACGAAAACCGAUUACAUUUGUGACAUUGCCAGUAAGGUCUUCCGUGACCGUUACCAGCCCAUCCGUGGCCCCUGGUGUUCGGUUGUUAUCCAUCCGGGAAGUACGUUGACCAUAAAAUUCCCAAUACAGGUCACCAGCCCGGCUUCUGUCAACGAACCUUCCGACGAGCACGACGAGGAUUUGUCGGCUGUGCCAUUCUCGCAGCUGCCGUCCAUCUAUGAAUACGAAACUGAAUUCCUGCCGAAGGGCUCUAUGAAGCUACGACAACUUAAAACAGCAUAUGACUUUGAUGUCUACAAUGAAGUAUUGUACGACGAAGCAAUCGCCGGCGAGGCCCUUGAGCUGGAUGCUUCUCAAAUGUCACGGGGAGAAGUAAAACUGAAAUACCAUUCAGACAAACCCUUGGCGUUAAAGAAAGGUGCAAACUUGUUCGUAUACCAUUGGACACUGAAAUCUAGAAACAGUUAUGUAUUGGAUGGCAUCCGAGCCAUCGUAAAUGUCUCCUUCGCUUUUACGCAUCGUUACGCAAUCGUUGGAUGUGACAGAGGGCAACGAAAUGUGUUUCAUCAGGAAACCAGCAAGAAUUAUUGCUCAACCAAAUGGAUGGGAAAUGGGAUAGGGAGUAUUUACGAAUGCCUGUACCAUAAUAUGAGGAAUGCCAAACAGUCAGGUAUUUACUGCAGACCAGGUGAGGAACUUUUCCCGCGUAAUUGUGAUUCAACGGGAUACGAUCUCUACUCCAAUAAAGUUUUGCCAUUUCCUGAAUCCGUGCGAAAUGUUACGUCAUACCCCAUUCCAGGCUUCCAGAUAUUUGACAUGAGCAUCCAAAAGGCCGCUGUCAGUUAUGCUUGCUUCUGCGUCGACCAACGUGGGUAUGAAAAGUCCAAGCUUAUUCUGGAGUACAACCAUCACGAAUACCAUACCUACCCAGUCAGUCAAGAAACAGCAUCUUACACAUUGCUGCCUCACCUAUUGCUUCCCUGGGGUGACGCAGGAUUAUUAAUAGAAGGGCUCGCAUCACCGACAAAUGUUGUGCUGCAAAACGUAUUGCGAGGGUCCAUUACGGCUCGCGUUGGUACAACGCUGUGGUUGGGGUGUACUCCUGGUCCCGAAGUUGUACCCUCUGAAUAUGUUGAGCACGUUGCAGACAAUGGAGAUAUUAUAACGACAUGGUUACCAAAUCAACCCGAUCUGUACUAUUAUACCGUAAACCAGAUGCCAAAUGGACCUGAGCUUAUUCGUAAGAGGUACAAAGAUUCACUGGCUACUACUCCAGGAGGACUUGAAUUCACGUAUAUGGAACUUGAUACAACACCUGUAUCUCAAAUAAUUCUGAUACAAUUACAUAGAGGCGCCAUCAUAAUUUCUAAAGAUCGAGUUCACAGGAAAUUUGUGCCGAUGACGUUCGUAUGCGGCAAAGUGCCCGAACAAUCGGACUUGUCCCCCACUAGUUAUACACCUGCCCUGCCCAAUCUUCGACUUAUAGGAUCUUCUGCGUUAUACAUGUGGCAUAUGGUUCAGGUUAACGUCGAGACGACGGAUCCCUAUAUGCAAGGCUGUGGCGUUACGUACGCAUCAGAUGAGCUGUUCAAGCCGGAGACGCCACAACUCUACGACGCUGACGGCAACCCACAGGUCGGGUGCAAAAUAGAUCUUCAAGCUGCCAAGGAAGCUGCGUUUUACUGCCCGGCGCCGUAUGUCCUGGACCCACCCAAUUGCUUCAGCCAAGUCUUUGUCGAUGGUGAAGUAAAGAGCAUGAGCGACCUCAGUAAAUCAUUAGUGACUUCUCGAUCCAACCAUUUUGUCAUCCUGAGAUUCGAUCGUUCCCGAGCCGUAUUAGGUGAGACCCUGCGCCAGACGCCUCCGUUGGAGUGCCGCUGCGUCACCGCCAAGGGCAUCGUUCUCUCCACCAUCCAGAUCGAGAAUUACUACUCAAAGUACUGA